AUGUGGCUCCAACCUGAUGAGAUUCUGCUGAAAAACGCGUUUAAAUUAUGGGUCACCGAGGAGGAUAACGAGUACUUCGUACUGCAAAGGAGACGAGGUUACGGAGAAGGUGGAGGCGGUUUGACAGGCCUCCUUGUGGGAACUCUGGAUACUGUGUUGGACUCCACAUCCAAAGUUGCUCCCUACCGCAUUCUACAUCACACACCAGACUCACAAGUGUAUUGGACCAUAGCAUGUGGUGUCACCAAAGAGGAGAUUGUUCAGCACUGGGAUUGGCUGCAGCAGAACAUCAUGAGGACACUCUCUGUUUUUGACUCCAGCGAAGACAUCACCAGCUUUGUACAGGGCAAGAUUAGAGGUCUUAUCGCUGAGGAAGGGAAAUCAUCCCUGGUACUGGAGGAAGAUCCGGAGAAGUUCCGAGAAGCACUUUUGAGGUUUGAGAAGUGGUUUGAGCUGCCACCGAAGGAAAAACUGGUCACAUAUUACUCAUGCAGCUACUGGAGAGGCAAAGUGCCUUGCCAGGGCUGGCUGUACCUCAGCACAAACUUCCUCUGCUUCUAUUCAUACCUGCUGGGAGCUGAGGUGAAGCUGAUCAUCUCCUGGGAUGAGAUCUGGAGGCUGGAGAAAACCUCUAACGUUAUCCUGACUGAGAGCAUCCAUGUCUUGGCUCAUGGGGAGGAUCACUACUUCUCCAUGCUGAUGCACCUUAAUGAAACAUUUGUUAUCAUGGAACAGCUGGCUGACUACUCCAUCAAGCGUCUUUUUGAUAAAGAGGCCUUCCAGAGAGAGCCAGCGCUCUCCGACCCCAUGCAAAUUACCAAGAGAGGCCUCGAAGCGCAUGCAAAGAGUGAGCAGUUCCGGACGUUUUUCAGGCUUCCCAAAGAGGAGAACCUGUUAGAGGUGCAUGAGAGCUUCCUGUGGGUGCCCUUCAGCCAUUUUAACACACUUGGCAAGAUCUGUCUGUCUGAGAACUACCUGUGUUUCGCCAGCCAAGAUGGAAGCCAAUGCCAUGUCAUCAUUCCAAUGAGAGAGGUUAUUAAUGUUGAGAAGUCAGACUCCAGCAGCAGGGCUUUAACGGUGUGUGUGCGUGGCAAGAAGGCGCUGCGUUUCGCCGAGGUGCGGGACUAUCAGCGGCUUGCCAACACGAUCCGUAGCAAGUGUGGGAUUAGUGCCAGCCCUCAGCACUCUGCAUCUUCAGAGGCCAUACGAGGCACGUGCCAGUCCCUCAUCAAUCACUUCGAGGACAACCCAGAGGACGUAACACUGAUGGUAGGACAGAAAGACAGCAGCAAGGCUGUAAGCACCGAGGCUCUCAUGACUGUUUUCCACCCCCAGGAUGUUGAAAACCUAGACCCCAAAAUGCUUAAAGAAAAGAUGAAGGAACAGUCUUGGAACAUCCAUUUUUCCGAAUAUGGACGUGGCACGAGUAUGUUCUUCACCAGGAAGACACGAGACCUGAUUGUUCGUGGUGUUCCUGAGGCCUUGAGAGGAGAGCUGUGGAUGCUUUUUUCAGGAGCUGUGAACGACAUGGCCACUCAUCCCGGCUAUUACACUGAUCUGGUUGAACAGUCUCUGGGCACAAGCACUUUGGCGACAGAUGAGAUCGAGAGAGACUUACACCGCUCUCUGCCAGAGCACCCUGCCUUUCAGAGUGACACAGGAAUCUCAGCUCUACGCAGAGUCCUCACUGCCUAUGCAUACAGGAACCCUAAAAUUGGCUAUUGCCAGGCCAUGAACAUUCUCACGUCAGUUCUCCUGCUCUACGCGAAAGAAGAGGAGGCUUUCUGGCUCUUAGUGGCUGUCUGUGAGAGGAUGCUGCCGGAUUACUUUAACCGUAGAAUUAUUGGUGCUUUGGUUGACCAGGCGGUGUUCGAGGACCUGAUUCGAGAAAACCUCCCCCAGCUGGUGGAGCACAUGACAGACCUGAGUUUCUUCUCGUCCGUGUCCUUGUCCUGGUUCCUCACUCUCUUCAUCAGUGUCCUGCCCAUAGAGAGCGCUGUAAACGUGGUGGACUGUUUUUUCUACGACGGCAUAAAAGCCAUUCUGCAGCUCGGCCUGGCAGUGCUGGACUACAACAUGGAGGCUCUGAUCAGCUGCCACGACGAUGCAGAGGCCGUCACCAUCCUCAACAAAUUCUUUGACAGUGUGACCAACAAAGACAGCCCAUUGCCUCCAACAGUGCAGCAAGCUUCAGUGAGCAAUAACGAUAAAGCAUCCCACUUUAAUGUGGAUAUCAGUGAACUGAUCAAAGAGGCCUACGAGAAAUAUGGAAAUAUCCGUUCAGAGGAAGUCGAGAGUUCACGGAAAAGAAACAAACUGCAUGUGAUCCAGACACUGGAGGAUACAACCAAACAAAAUGUGAUCCGGGUGGUGACCCAAGAAGUCAGAUUCAGUGCCUCACAUCUUGACAGGCUUUAUAACUUGUUCAAAAGGCAGCAUUUCCUCUGCUGCUACUGGACAAUGAAGAGUCCAGCUCUGCUCCAUCAUGACCCCAGCCUGGCCUAUUUGGAGCAGUACCAGUUGGGUUUCCAACAGUUCAGCAUGCUCUUCUCCCUGCUGGAGCCCUGGGCUUUCUGCAACCCCAAGAGCACCCUUUCUCUCUGGAUCUUCCGCCUGAUAGAUGAGAACCAGGAUGGCCUCGUCAACUUUAAAGAGUUCUGCUGUGCCCUUGAUACUUUGUACAGUGGAUCGUUCACAAAUAAGCUGAAAUUCCUCUUCAAGCUGCACCUGCCACCAGCUUUUACAGGUAGUCCUUUGCACAUAAAGGAACAAAGAAUCCAGCACUUUACUCCAGUGCCUGAAGACUCUUCUCACUUGAGUAGACUCGCUGCAUUUGAUCUACCAGAAGAUGGUGUGAUAAGGAAAAGCCCUGAAAGAGGUAGAGGAAAAGUGGACCUGCAGGCCUAUCUGAAACAAUGGCAAAACGAAAUACUUAAGAAAGAGGAAACCAUCAAGGACCUACCCCGAAUUAAUCAGACUCAGUUCAUCCAGUUCUCCAAGACCCUGUACAACAUUUUUCAUGGCGACCCAGAGGAGGAGUCGCUGUACCAAGCCGUGGCCCACGUAACCAGCCUUCUCCUGAGGAUGGAAGAGGUGGGACGGAGGCUGCAUGAGUCGAGCAGCCCGCCCGAGUCCACAAAACCUGCCAACACUGCUGCUGCGGGGUCUUCAACCCAAGAAGCUUCUACUACCCCAGAGAACUCCGACACCUCCAGCUCCUGCAACAGUCAGGAUGCAGGGCCCGACCUCACAGAGCUGGAUUGGUCGUUUUCGUUUGAGCAGGUCCUGGCUUCUCUGCUCAACGAGCCGACCAUAGUCCGCUUCUUUGAAAGGCCUGUCGACAUUCAGACUAAACUGGGACAAGCUAGGGUUGCCCAGCUGAAGCUAAAGGCAAAUAAGUGAAAGGAAACAUUAGUGAAUUGAUACUUUGCUUCUAAUUCAAACCCAGAAAUCACCAUGAAUUUCCUUUCUCUACUUGGAUGGGGCAGCAGUUUUUUUGCAAGGCACACAGUGAAAUUACUGCUAAAGUGGUAUCAUAAAUGAAAAGGAGAUCAGAUUUUAAAAUCUGGUGUGUGUGUGUGUGUGUGUGUGUGUGUGUGUGUGUGUGUGUGUGUGUGUGUGUGUGUGUGUGUGUGUGUGUGUGUCUGUGUGUUUUUUGUGUGUCUGUGUGUGUGUCUGUGUGUGUGUGUGUCUGUGUGUCUGUGUCUGUGUGUCUGUGUCUGUGUGUCUGUGUCUGUGUGUCUGUGUCUGUGUGUCUUCGAUGUUCAGGCAGAUGAUGAUCAGCAACGAUGGCUAAUGAAAUAAGUCACUUUAAGACACAAGCACUGUUGUUACAGUCCACUGACCAACACCUUCAGUGCAUUUUCAUGUUAGGCCUUGUUGCAUACUGUAAGCUGUCGUUCCUCAAAUCUGAUUAUGCAUUAGGGUUAUUCAUUCUCUUAUGUAGCCUCAGAUUUUUCGGAUUUUAUGGAAAUUUUGUUUGACACAUUUGUUUCCCUUUUAUGCCAUGGAGCACAACCGGUAUAGUUUUGUAUUGUGCAUGGGACAUACAGUACUGUCUCCUAUAUUUAGAAACAUGACAGAAGAGUUUGUCCUUCCGUCUGUCUCUGAUGUCAUGCUGAGGUUCAAAUCCAUAACAAAUGACAUGAACAAGGUUAGGAAGAUUCUCCCUCUGGAUAUCUUGAUAUAUUUUGUUUUUGCAGAUAACUAAUCACUGCGAUAGUGAAACAAACUGUAAAUGCUAAUGUGUCCCGUGACUUCAGUGUCUCCUGUUCUUAGGCAACAUUAGUGUUAUUCUGUAAAUGUCAAUUUAUUGUGAGAAAACACCAGCAUUCCAGUUGGAGACAGAAUAAACAGUAGUACAGUGAGUAAGGACAAGCAGUAGUGUUGUCCUUGAAAGCCAUACAUUGAUUUCAGAGGUUAUCUGAGUGAGGAUGUCAGAUACAUUUAAUUGAGAGCAAGAAAGAUUCAGUUAUGGUAUUAUACAUUUGCAAUAACACACGAGAGGAUGCUGUCUGUACUGCCACACAUUUGUCUCGUUCCUCCAACAGCAGCACAUGCAGUAACAUAUUUUAGCAUGACUUCAAGUAUGUCAUACUGGAAACUAUGGUCUGUCAAGGUAAAAUAGCUUGAAUUUAUUAGUGCUGCUGCAGGGAAAUCUGCAUCCGCUUCAGAAAUGUGCAGCGUGUUAUCUUCAGAGUGUGAUUGGUUGAUGUACUGUUCGCUUAUGUGCGUCUUACAGUAUUUGUAGGAUGUUCUCUAGUAUAAGUGCAGCAUUUUGUACAUAAAGAUCAGUUUAAUAGUCGUUUAUUGUAUUAUGAGGCUUAAGACAUGGAGCUUUUGAAGGACAUUUUGUUUUAUCAAAUCUCAGGGUGCAAUUUGUGUAAAAUAAUAAGGAGAAAAGGGAUAUUUUAUUCAACCUGGGAUAUAUAAAGUAUAUCAUAUAUAGCUUACAAAUGUCUGUAACAUUAAAAUAUAGAGCAUGUGUAGCAUAGUUACAGGAUUCGCCACAUUAUGCUAGCUUUCAAUGAACAGCAACUAUUACUGCUCGCUACAGAAAGCCAGAUUUGACUUUCAGUAUUUCAGUUUCCUUUUUAUCUGUGCAAUUUCUGCUUCUUUUUGUUUUUGCUUCUAUCUCAGUGAAUCAUUUGCACAGUUGUUGAAGAUUCAUACUUUGUUAGAUAUGCCCGUAUCUCGGCCAGAUCUCAAAGGCGUUGGAUUCAAAAAGGUCAUGACUGCUAUAGCUGCAGCUUGUCAUCUCAAGGGGCCAUAUUCAUAGAGCUUUAUCUCUGCUUGUCUAGGGGGGAAACGUGUUUUAGAAGCUGUUAAAGCGCAAGUGCAAUUCUGUGUCCUAUAUUUGUCUUUAUUUUGCCAUUUGCUGUUUCACUUAAGAUUUAAGGUCCAAUCUGAAAUGUAUUUCAUUUUGUAAUUAUUGGGUUAAUUGAUAUAUAGAUUGUUUAAGUGAGUUCUACAUACUCUUUGAAAAUAAGCUUUUUGCAAACACCCAUUACUCAUUCAAUCUGAAUAGACAAAUUUCUCACUGAUGACUAAUAAUAAUAAUAAUUAGUAUAAUAAUACUAAUACUAAUUCUAUUAGUAAUUCAUUAGAAGUGUUAGAAUAUUAAAAUACACCCCAUUCAUCUUUGAUGUGUCACUGCUUAAAUCCAAAGCUCGAUCUGUGGUUUCAGGCUAGUACCUAAAGCCAUAAUGAAACUACUGAAGUGGCAGAGUUUCAACAGGAGAGCUCAGAAACCUUUCAAAACAGCAACUCUAUUUCCAUUAUUUAAAACAAUCAUCUCUGACCAUGGUCUGACCAUUUCAGUAUGGGUGUUCCCUGGCAGUUUCAUGCUGCAUUUCUAACGUCUCUGAAUGUCAUGAAAUUAUUAUUAUUAUUAUUAUUAUUAUUAUUAUUAUUAUUAAAUGCAAAUUACAACCUCUUGUAAUCUUUCUGUGAGGGUUCUGAGUUCAUUUUAUGUUAUUGCUUAGUCUAUUUCUGACUAUUUGAUAACAUCUUUAAGAUUAGAAAUUUUGGCUCUCAAGAAUUCAUUUGUUGGGCUUUAUAGAGAAAGACAUGUAGAAAAGUGGUUAAGACAAAACAAACCUUGUGAUGCCCACUAAUGUCCAAACUAUUUCUUUAGGCAUAGUUUUUGGAAAAAGUCCCCUAAGAUGAUGUUUUCUAGCUCCAAAUAGCCAGUGGUUUCGGCUUGGUGGGGAUAUAAAUGAAAGGAGAUACUUUGUUGGAACAGAGGAAGGAAAAUCUGAUUUUGGAAAUCUUCAUCCCUCUGGCAUGCUGUCAGAUUUGCCAUUAAGCAUCUGAGUGUAUAAAGUAGGCAUGGAUACUUCUCCAGCUCCUGCAUCAAUAUAUGAUUAAUCAAGUCCUUAGAUGUGCAAGUGUAGUCUACAGCUGGUAUAGCCUGUAGCUUUUGAUCAAAAGCUUGUUUUGCAAAAUAUGCGAAGCACAGAUAUUUCUGUUUACCUGCUUGAUUAUGAUUUAUUUAUUUUGUAUCUCCAUUCAAAGGUAUCAGAAUAAAGAGUGACGAUUCUAUGAAUAAUA